UCUUACAUUCCGCUAAUGGAUUCGUCCGUCGUGAGGCCUUUACAGUAGCAGGGAGUGUUGUUUGGCGGAUUCCUUCAAGUUUUACAUUACUUUAUGUCUGAAUUUUGUAAAAUUAAGAAAGCGCCAAUUGUUCGUUUCCAUAACUAGUCAGCUAGCUAAUUAUUUUAUCUAUCGAUAUAGGUACAGAAGAGGGUUUAGGGUGUGGUACACAGCUAAGUUAGCCGCAGUAGGAAGGCAUCUUCAGCGAGCGGAGUGUCCGAAUCUGAGAAUUUAUAAUGCCGACGUUGCGGGACAGCAGCAUGUCUCACCCCGGCGAGAACCCGUACCAAGUCCGGGUAAAAGCUUACUACAAAGGGGACAUCAUGAUCACCCACUUUGAGCCGUCAAUCUCCUACGAGGAGCUGUACGGAGAGGUUAAAGACAUGUGCUGCAUGGACAACGACCAGCUCUUCACCAUGAAGUGGAUCGACGAAGAAGGUGACCCGUGUACAGUAUCGUCUCAGCUGGAGCUAGUGGAAGCACUGAGGCUCUACGAGGUCAACAAAGACUCUGAACUCAUCAUCCACGUGUUUCCAUGUAUCCCAGAGAAGCCUGGUAUGCCCUGUCCAGGAGAGGACAAGUCUAUAUAUCGUCGUGGGGCGCGGUGCUGGAGGAAACUCUACUACGCUAGUGGUCAUGUCUUCCAGCCCAAACGGUUCAACAGGAGAGCUCACUGUGCCAUCUGCACAGACCGUAUCUGGGGUCUGGGGAGACAGGGCUACAAAUGCAUCAACUGCAAACUGCUGGUCCACAAGAAGUGUCACAAACUGGUCAGCGUGGAGUGUGGUAAACAGAUCCAGGAGCCCAUCACGCCAUUAGACCACUCUGAACAGCCAGGCGCGCUGCAGCAGAGACACGGGGAAGUCCGCUUCCAGUCUGGGUCUGGUGGACUUUGAUCUGCUGAGCGUGAUUGGCCGGGGCAGCUAUGCCAAGGUCCUGCUGGUCCGACUCAAGAAGACAGAGAGGAUUUACGCCAUGAAGGUGGUUAAGAAGGAGCUGGUCAACGACGACGAGGACAUUGACUGGGUCCAGACAGAGAAGCACGUGUUUGAGCAGGCGUCCAACCACCCCUUCCUAGUGGGGCUUCACUCCUGUUUCCAGACUGAGAGCAGACUGUUCUUUAUCAUAGAGUAUGUGAACGGAGGAGAUCUGAUGUUCCACAUGCAGAGACAGAGGAAAAUACCUGAGGAACACGCCAGGUUUUACUCAGCAGAGAUCAGCUUGGCGUUGAACUACCUCCAUGAGAGAGGCAUCAUCUACAGAGACCUCAAACUGGACAACGUGCUGCUGGAGUCUGAGGGACACAUCAAACUCACUGACUACGGCAUGUGCAAGGAGGGCUUGAGGCCAGGGGACACCACCAGUACGUUCUGUGGGACCCCCAACUACAUCGCCCCUGAGAUACUGAGAGGAGAGGACUAUGGUUUCAGCGUGGACUGGUGGGCUCUGGGGGUGCUGAUGUUUGAGAUGAUGGCUGGACGGUCGCCCUUCGACAUUGUAGGAAGCACCGACAACCCAGACCAGAACACAGAAGACUACCUAUUCCAAGUAAUAUUGGAAAAACAGAUCAGGAUUCCUCGGUCGUUGUCAGUCAAAGCUGCCAGCGUUCUCAAGGGCUUCCUCAACAAGGAACCUAAGGAGAGGCUGGGUUGUCAUCCCCAGACGGGCUUCGCUGACAUCAUGGGGCAUCCCUUCUUCCGAAACGUAGACUGGGACCUUAUGGAACAAAAGCAGGUGGCUCCUCCAUUCAAACCCAACAUCUCAGGAGAGUUUGGACUGGACAGCUUCGACACCCAGUUUACCAACGAGCCCAUCCAGCUCACGCCUGAUGACGAUGACGCGGUGAAGAAGAUCGACCAGUCGGAGUUUGAAGGGUUCGAGUACAUCAACCCUCUCCUGAUGUCGGCCGAGGAGUGUGUGUGAACUAGGUGUGUGUGUGUGGGAGCGGACGCAGCACGCCACCUCGUGUCCUCGACGACGUCACUAGUUAGCUCUGCAUGGUUACCAGACAACACGGCGAUGACAUCAUCAAAGAGCGUCCUGCUGUUGGAUAGAGAGAGGCGGAGAGCCGCCGGGGCUCUCAGACAAGAGACACUAACUUGCCAAACCAAUCUCACAUAGUGUGUAUGUGUCACAAAUGGCACCUUAUACUCUACGUGUAGUGCACUAGGGAAUGGGGUGCCAUUUUGGACGAACGUCACUCUGUCCUCUUUAUUUUAACCACUAGUCUUUUAAACCUACGUUCUCUCUUAAUUAUUUUUGUAUCAUGUAUCAAAUCCGCACUGAUUUCCUCAUUGGUCAUCAGAGUGCAGGCUCUCAGUAGCCAAUGAGGCUUGGAGGUGGUUGGUUACCUAGGUUACUGGACACAAAGGGGGGGGGGGGGG